AUGUCAGACAUUCAUAACCCGCUUACUGCGGUUGUGCCAUUUCAAUUUCCGACCCAAGCAGAUUUCCCUACAGAAAUCAUUGCUCAAAGAUUCCAGGCCUACCGCUAUAUCAUCAAAGACUUGGUUACUUAUCUCCGACAAUUUGCCUCUGUCCAAGAAGAAAUCGUUCGUCAGCAAGUGCGACUUCAACAAGCAGUAGGGACGUCAUUGUCACCAAAUUCUACAACGAACAAUACUCAUGGUAAGACCCCAGACCGUACCAAUAUUAGGACUGAGCUCAACCUCAUCAAUAGCUUCUUCUUGCCAAUCGGAAAUGGUUCCAUUCAGGACAUUCCCACGUUGUUGACCAAGUUUCACCAACAGAACAUUCAAAAUGGAACUAAGACGUUGAAGGAGAUAAAUCUGGUGAUUAUUCCAAAGUUUGAGGAGUUGCGCAAGGAUUUAUUAGUCAAGAUAAAGGAAAUCAAGAAUUUGCAAAACGAUUUUCAAAACACACUAGGUAAGGAGUUCCUGGAAACGAAAACCUUGCUCAGUACCUUUAAUCAUGCUGUUGAUUACGCCCAUCGUCUUGAAGUAUUGAACACAAGUACCGAGCACCAUCAUUUCGAGUCUAGCAACGAAGCAGAAAGUUUGAAGACCGACCCAUACUUGGCAAAACUUAAGUUAAGUCGGCAGUUGAAGAGACAGUUGUCUGAAGAAAAUUAUCUUUAUGAGGCAUUCAAAAACUUACAGACUUCUAGUGAAAAACUAGAGUCCAUUGUUGUCUUGGAAAUUCAAAAUUAUCUUCGUAUAUUCCUCAACUUAGUGGAGAAAGAACACAGCACGGUCUCCAGCUUCUUGGUUCCUAGUUUGUCGAAUGGCUUUUUGGCUAAGGAACCCAAUUUUGAGUUUCAGUCGUUCAUCAACAGGAACUUGCCUAAGAAACCCAACGAGAAUGCCCUGUCAUUCAAGUUUAUUGAUUUAUCAUUUCCUGCGAGAAAAUUGUCAGACUUGUCCAUCCCGCAUUAUGAUUCCUUAGUGAAUGUUGCUGUCAGAGAAGGGCCCUUGGAAAGAAGAUCUAAAUUCUUGAAGUCUUAUUCUAGCGGUUGGUAUGUUUUAACUUGCAGUUAUCUUCAUGAAUUUAAGUCUUCUGACAGAAGAAAAGAUCAAACCCCAGUUAUGUCGUUGGCUUUAGACUAUUGUCUGGUUAGCGAACAUUCGAAGAAUGAUGGUAAAAUGAAUGGGGCUUACAAAUUUGUGUUGUACUCCAAACUGCCAAAUGGAUUAAUACACAGGGGCCACAACUUGUCAUUCAGGUGUGACACUUAUCAGAAUAUGAUUGAAUGGUAUAAAGAUAUCAAGACUUUGACUUCUUUACCAUCUCCAGUGGCGAGGGCCAAGGUAAUGGCCAAAAAAUUACAAGCAAACAAUGCAUUAAAUGAUAAAUUAUUGUCGAGAACUUCAACUGCAUUGUCUUCUAGUGCAAAGUCACUCAGAUCCAACGUGUCGCAAGCCACAAACUUACAGGAGAGGCUCAGCCCAAAAAGUAGCCACAGACGCUCAAGGUCCAUUGCGGAGUCUCAGACACAUUCUGUCACAUCUUCCGCGCAUAACCCUAGGAUUUCAUCUACAUUUUCACAUCGAUACCAGCAAUCUCCCAAACUCUCGAACCUUAUCAACAGCGAUGGUACAAUCGUGACUCCAAUUGAAGGUAGUCUUGAAAAAGGUGCAAAUCAGGACGAUAUGGAAGGUGAUACCACACAUGAGGCUACUUCCAUGAAUAAUACUCAGUCCGAAUCGCAAAGCCAACAAUACAACCAGAUUCCAUCUAUUUCAUUGCCACAUCAAAAUGGUAACUUUGUUGGCCAAGCUACACCCCAGCAGACAAUUCCACAGAAUUACCAAUACUACUUAAAUCAAGUUCACCAACAACCGCAGCAGUUUUACGACCCUGUUCUGCAACAAUUCUUCACUAUCAACGCCAUCCCUACGCUGCAUAUGACGGAUCAACAAAAUCAGAAUCAAAAUAGAAACCAGCCAAUGCCACAGUACUUCACACCACAAAACCUCAACCAGUCUGGUGCGGCAAUUCAUAUGUCGCCAAAUGUGGUGCCGAAAUCACCUGCGAUGGAGCAAGGUCAAUUUGUUGCUGUCCCUGGGGAUGGAAAGCCUUACCGUCAGUUCAUUCCCCAUUUUCCACAGCAUUUCAACGAAGGGCCUUCGAACCAAGCACCAUAUCCAACCAGCUUAGGUGAAGGUAUCAAUGUGGUAUCGCGCCAAACGACAAAUACUCAUCAAACGACGGGAGAUGAGCAGCCUGUUACUUUACAGCAGAAUCAAGAACAAACUGUUGAAGACCAAGUAUCGAAACUAGCCAUUGAUGAACAAGGAGACGACGACGAGGAAUCGAAAACGAAGGACGAGACCAAACAGCAGCCUGAUCCUAGCUUGGACGUUACGGUGGAGGAAAAUGGCAACAGCCACAGUUCGUAG